CGGUCAUGUGAUCAGCUGUGUCCAAUCACAGCUGAUCACAUGGCACUGAUGAUCAGUGUGCCCUGAUGAUCAGUAUAGCCCCAGCAGUGCCACCUGUCAGUGUCCAGUGCCAGUUGUCAGUGCUCAUUAGUGCCAUCUGCCAGUGCCACAUCAAUGCCACAUAUGAGUGCCUACCAGUGCACAUCAAUGCCACAUAUCAGUGCCCAUCUGAGCUGCCUUUCAGUGUCACCCAUCAGUGCUAGUCAGUGCCACCUAUCAAUGCCAAUCAGUGCCACCUAUCAGUGCUGCCAAUCAGUACCGCCUAUCAGUGA